AAUUAUCCCAGAUUUGGAGGAAAGAAUGGGUAAAACCCAAAAAUAGGAAGGAUUUGGGUCAUGAUUGGAGAUGAGUUUAUGAGGUUUUUGCCCAAAUUUUAAAUCUAGGAAAUGAUUUGAGUCAAGACUGGAGAUUCUCUUAGAGCAUCUCCAAUCCAAUACUCCAUUUUUUUUCCUUCAUUUCUUCAUUUGAGAGUAUUAAAAUAAUAUAUUUUAUUGCAAAAGUGAUUUUGAAGGAAAUCUAACUCCAACCCAAUACUCUAUUUCUACUUUUAUUUCUUUAAAAACUCAUCCCAAAUCUCAAACUUUCCCACUUUCCUUCCAAAACUCAAUUUUUCAUUUUUCUAACUUCAUUAAAAAAAAUACUCAAUAUGGGUUUUAUUUUGAAGAUAUUGUACAUAUCUUUUGAUUGGUACCAAUUUUAUAAAGGAUUAGUGUAUCAAAACUAAAUUGAUGAACAAAAUGGGAUUUGGUGAGGGUGAAUAGUGAAAUGGAGGAGAUCCUCCAUUUUUUUCUCCAUCCUCCAUAUUUAGAGUACCAAACUUGAUCCUCUCAAAUGGAGGAGAAAAUAGAGAAUGGGUUGAAAUAGUAUUUCCUCCAAAAAUGAUCCUCUCAAAUGGAGAAAUAGAGAAAUGAAAGAUGCAUUGGAGAUGCUCUUACCCACACAUUUAUACCAACUCACUCACGUUUACAUUGAGACUCACACGCAUUACACCUCUAUUGCGUGUGAGCACCUGAAAACGUGAGUGUGUGUAAAGUAUUUGUGUGGUUGAAUAACAAUUGGUCCAUAUUUUACCCUUUUAACAGGUGGCGUUUCCUGAUCUUCCCUUCUAAUGUUUCUUCUUCUUUUUUUUUUUUAUCAGACCUCUAAUGUUUCUCGAUCUGUACCAAAAACAACACACCUUCUUCUUCGACGGACUCCUCAAGCUCUGCACUUUCCACUUCCUAGCUACAGAUUUUGUUCACCUCAGUACUUCUGAGUUCUUUUGCUUCAAACUCCUUCUGGGUAUCUCGGCUUCUCCCUCCCCUUCACCUCUUUCGAUAUAUCUCGUACUGCAAUUUAGGGCUCUCUCUUUCUCUCACGUUUCUUUGACAUGGGUUUGGACUUCCAAGGGAAUAGACCACUUUUUUGUCUGGUAUUUGGAUCCAAUCGGGUGAGUCUUGGAUUUGGGUUUAAUUUGUUCUCUCUUUUAUGAAUUUGUGUACUUAUAGUCUUAUAAUCUUAAGGAUCAAUAGUAGUCGCCAAUUUUUCGUACUAGAAAGAUUAGGGUGAAUUAGCUUACAUGGGUUGUUGGGUUGGUGUUGCUUUCUGUUACUUUGAUCAGGAGUCUUGCCAAUUUGGAUUCUUUCAAGCUUUGGGGAAUAUCCAAUUAACAAACUGUUGAAAAGUUGGGUUGUUAGGUUAGUGUUGCUUUGGGUUGUUUCCAUUCUUGCUCUCUUUCUGUUGUAAGUUCCCCAGUUUCGUGCACUUUUGGGUGCAAUAGUUACACUUGGUUCAUAUCUCCCAAUACCAAAGUUAAAAGACUUUUUGUCCUUUCUAUGCUUGCAUUGCGAAAUUUCUGUACUGAUGGAUAGCAGGCCUACAAUGCUUGGCCCUAAGGGCCUAAUAAAGAAACACGAAUUCGUAAGAACUAUUAUCCAAUGUCUCUACUCUUUAGACUAUAAGAAAUCAGCUGUUUCUUUGGAACUGGAGUCCGGUAUUUCAUGCAAAUCUAUGGACUUUGGAUUGCUUGAAUCCCACAUUCUGAAUGGGAAUUGGGAUGCUUGCAUUGACGCCCUUUACGGGCUUAACGAGUUAACAGAUGAAACAAGAGAUUCGGCUUUGUUUCUUGUGUGUAGACAAAGAUUGUUGGAGUGUUUGAUUCACGGGGAUGAUUCCUCGGCACUAUCAGUGCUAAGGAAACAGGUUUCUGCAUUACACAUGGGAAGAGAGAAGGUGCACGACCUUGCUUUUGGACUGUUUUCGCUAAAGGAGAUGGGAUUGGGUAAGGUUGAUGGCGAGGUUAUUAUUGAACUCAGGAAGAAGUUGUUGAGUGAAAUGGAAAAAUUGCUUCCACCUCCUUUGACACUUCCAGAAAGAAGAUUGGAACAUCUGGUGGAAAUGGCUGUUAGUGGUCAAAUUGAUUCAUGCAUGUACCAUAACUUAGUUGAUCCGGUACCACUCUACGAGGAUCAUCGAUGCGGUCGAGAUCAGAUUCCUACAGAAACCACCCAGAUCUUGACUGACCAUAAGAACGAAGUUUGGUUCGUCCAGUUUUCCAACAACGGGGAAUACUUGGCGUCGUCAUCAAGUGAUUGCACAGCCAUCAUAUGGAAGGUGCUGGAAGAUGGUAAGUUGACGUUGAAACACACACUACGGAGCCACCACAACGCAGUGUCUUUUGUUUCAUGGAGCCCUGAUGACACAAUGUUGCUCACAUGCGGAAACGUGGAAGUCCUGAAAUUAUGGGACGUGGAAUCAGGUACAUGCAAGCACACCUUUGGGGGCCAUGGGUUCAUGGUUAGCUCAUGUGCCUGGUUCCCUGAUUCAAAGCGACUCGUCUGUGGAAGCUCCGACGCAGAAAAGGGCAUCUACAUGUGGGACCGUGAGGGUAAUGAGAUCAAGGCAUGGAAAGGGACCCGGAUGCCAAAGGUUUUGGAUCUUGCCGUGACACCAGAUGGAGAAAAUCUCAUCAGCAUAUUUUUUGACAAGGAAAUUCGGAUACUAAAUGUGACCACGAAUACUGAGCGAGUCAUCUCCGAGAAACACGCUAUCACGUCCCUUUCCGUAUCUGGGGAUAGUAAGUUCCUCAUAGUUAACCUUAGCAGCCAAGAGAUCCACAUGUGGGAUGUUGAUGGGAAAUGGGUGGAACCCUUGAAGUAUACCGGCCACAAGCAAGAAAAGUAUGUUAUCCGGUCCUGCUUUGGUGGGUUGAAUAGCACAUUUAUUGCCAGCGGCAGUGAGAAUUCACAGGUCUACAUCUGGAACCGACGAAGCCCUACUCCGAUUGAGGUCCUAUCGGGCCACAAAAUGACCGUGAACUGUGUGAGCUGGAACCGUAAGAGGCCUCAUAUGUUAGCAUCGGCGAGCGAUGAUCAAACCAUCCGUAUAUGGGGACCAAGCUUUUCAAAGAAGAUGGCAUGAGAGAAAAGGAAAUGGAAAUGCCAUUCUUACGCUUUGUAUAUACUUUUUCUUCCCUCUUAUUUUCCUUCUUUCGGUAAAUUUGUAAAUAUGUGGCUUCCGGUUUGUUUAUAGAUUCCAAAUUUUGAAACCUCUCUCCUUUGUAAAUCACUGGUUUUUCCCACUCUCUCCCCCUCUGUAAGUUGGCCUAUUUUUUGAAGUCUGAGGUAGUGUUUCCAGAAAAUCUUACACUCAAAUAAGCUUUGAGCAAGCAUGUUUAACU